AUGCCCAGCUUAAUAUCGUCCCUUGUCCGCUUCCGACGCGACCCGCGGCUUCUCAAGCUGCCUCCAUACCUCUCGCUGCUCUGCAUCCUGGUCGGUGUCGCCUCGCUGCUUGUGCUGCCCCUUGACUCCUACUCUCGGCGGACCUACAUCUCCGAAAAUGCCCUGCUGCCGGGCCAAGUGCACACCUACUUUGGCGGAAGCGACCAGCACGUUUUCCGCGCCUACAAACACGAGGUUAACGGGCUGCUCGGCCAGUCCAAUACGGCCAUCAACGACCACCUCGAGCCCAUCCUUGCGUCCGCCGGCCUGAAAGUUGGCCGCCAGAACUACACCUACCGCUCUGCGGGCGAGACGUUUGCCGGCGAGAACCUCUAUGCCAUUCUCCAGGCCCCGCGCGGUGACGCCACGGAGGCCCUCGUCCUUGUCAGCCCCUGGCUCAGCAUCCACGACGUGCCCAACCCGCACGGCGUGGCACUCGCGCUGGCCCUGGCGCGCUACUUCCGCCGCUGGUCGCUGUGGUCCAAGGACAUUAUCUUCUUGUUCCCGCCCGACAGUCUCACGGGACCGCAAGCCUGGGUCGACGCUUACCACGACGCCCACGAUGGUCGCUAUGUCAGCCCUCUGCCCCGCAAGUCGGGCGCGCUGCAGGGCGCCAUGGCACUCGACUACACCAAGGCCGACCCUGCCGAUAACGACGGCAACGGCAGCAGCCGCUUCACGGCCGUGCACAUUGUUUAUGACGGCGUCAACGGCCAGCUGCCGAACCUGGACCUGAUCAACUCGGUUGUCAACAUUGCCGGCGGCCAGAUGGGCACCGGCGUGUCGCUGCAGGAGAUGUGGCGCCACGACGACGGCUACGCGGACCGCCUGCGCACGAUGCUGCGUGGCAUGCUGCGCCAGGGCCUGGGCGCCGCCACGGGUGCACACAGCGCGUUCAUGGCGUACCACGUGGACGCCAUCACGCUCCAGCCGUACACGGCGACGGCGGUGACGCCCGAGGGCAACGUGGUCAUAUCCGGCUGGCAGCACGACGAGAUGGCCAUGGGCCGUAUCCUCGAGGGCACGUUCCGCAGUCUCAACAACCUGCUGGAGCAUCUGCACCAGAGCUUCUUCUUUUACCUGCUGAUGGGCCGCGAGCGCUUUGUAAGCAUUGGCACCUACCUGCCGAGUGCCAUGCUGCUGGCCGCCAACUUUACGAUUAUGGCCAUUGCUCUUUGGGUACGCAGUGGACAGGCCGUGUCGAAACAGGGGACCGCCGCAGGCGCCCAAGAGAAGAAGUCCAAGGCUACGUCCGAGACGGCUGCCGUGUCGACGUCGAGUGGCAACGGCAUCGCCGAGGAGCGCGAUCUGUUCCUCCCCCUGGCUGUUGUCACCCUUUGCCAGGCACUCGGCAUGGCCCCUCUCUACCUAUUUAACCAUGUCUCCGCUUGGCUUCUUACGCCUAUAUUUAUCGGCUUUUCUGUGACCAACGCUGUCCUUCCUCACGUCAUCUCCGGCGUUCUGACCAGCUACUACCGCGCCACGGCCCAGCAGUACGACCUUAUCAAGUCGUUUUCCCUACUGCUGCUUGGCAUGUUCUUGUCGUCGCUUGCCACCCUCAAUUUUUCGCUCGCCUUCCUGGUUGGCCUGCUGGCAAGCCCGCUGACCUUUAUGCGCCCGGCGCCCAACAGCGCUGUUAUGCGCUGGCUCGCGACCGCACUGCUCAACAUCGUGUCCCCGCCCGGCGUCCUGGUUGCUUGCUGUGCGGUGUGGAAGCUGGACGUCGCCGAGGCGCUCCGCCUGGCGGCUUUUGGGUGGGACGUCUGGGGCAUGUACACGGCCGUGGUGUUGUGGUGCGUGUGGUGGCCGGCGUGGCUGGCUGGGUCGGUUCUUGUGCUGGGACGGCCAGCUGCAGCUUCGGCGAGCUCCUAA